AUGUCUUUUCAGGCGCGGUGUUUGACAAUUCAGCGGGUGUCGAAUCCCCCGCCGCUACCACCACUUAAGGGUAUCAAAUUCGGCAGUCUCUUUACCCCGCAUAUGGUGAAAAUUGAAUGGCAGUCUUCGACAGGGUGGAGUAACCCACGUAUUGUUCCCUUUGAGAACCUUUCGUUGCCUCCUCAGACGGCAUGUCUCCACUACGCGCUAGAGUGCUUCGAGGGACUCAAAGCGUAUCGUGAUGCCUCCGCAAAAAUUCGUCUUUUUCGCCCCGAGCGCAAUUGUGCGCGUAUGCUGGAUAGCGUAACUCGUCUCUGCUUCCCCAAGUUCGACCCUAAUGAACUGCUGAAGGUCGUGGAGGAGUACGUCAAGGUGGAAAAGGACUACGUGCCCAUCGAACGGGGGUACUCCCUCUAUUUGCGGCCGGCUGCCAUUGCUCUUGGCGACACUCUUUCCGUCAAGCCUGCGGAUAAGAUUUUGCUGUUUGUGAUUGCAUCUCCGGUUGGGCCUUACUAUGCCUCAGGUAUGAAACCAGUGAAGCUGCUUGUGGAGGAAUCACGGAGGCGCUCGUGGCCUGGCGGUACGGGUGGUGUUAAAAUUGGAGCCAACUAUGCAAGCACUGUACUUGUACAGAAUGAGGCUGAAGAGUCCGGCUACCAACAGGUGCUGUGGCUUAGUUCCAGCGGUGAGGUGCAGGAAGUUGGUGCCAUGAACUUCCUCGUUCUCUGGAGGCCCUCCAACACGAAGCCAGACUUGGAGCUUAUUACCGCCCCACUGGACGGCACAGUCCUUCCAGGCAUCACGCGUGACUCCAUUCUUUCACUGGCGCGCAAGUCCGGCAAGAUGGCCGUGUCCGAGCGGAGUUUUUUUAUCGAUGAACUCGUCACUGCCCUGAAAGAGGAGCGGGUAGUGGAGUGCUUUGGUUGCGGUACGGCCGCCAUCGUCUCUCCCGUAGAGGGGCUGUGUUACAAGGGUGUGAAGUACAACGUGCCGUGCCCGCCGCCCGAGACCUCGCUUACCCACCACAUGCUCAACACCAUCUUGGACAUUCAAUACGGCGUGGUAGAGCAUGAGUGGUCGCGCGUUAUCGCAUAG